UGGAAUCACAAUUAACCCUAGCGUAAUGGAUGUAGAUCUUAAACUAGCUACAUGCACAUAAUUACUUUAUUACUCUCACACAUUGUCACGCGCAUCCAUCACCAACUCAAUGACUCUUUAAAGCUAUCGAUCCACUACCAAACACAAACCAAUUCAAAGCCUCAAAAUGCCUUCUCCUAAUACAUUUCUUCUUUUGCCCUUCCUCUUAUUCAUGACUUCUCCUUCUCUUUCCCUCCCUCCGGCCCUCGUAGCGCCGAUCUCAAAAGACCACUCUACUCUCCUCUACUCCCUCUCCCUCUACCUCAAAACCCCUCUCCAACCCACCAAGCUCCACCUCGACCUCGGCGCAGCCUUCACCUGGCUCGACUGCACCAAACCCUACUACAACUCCUCCACCUACCUCCACGUCCCCUGCGGCUCCCCUCUCUGCGACUCGUUUCACUCUUUUGCUUGCGGCAACUGCUACGAACCGCCCGGCCCGCAUUGCGCCAACGACACGUGCUCUCUCUACCCGGAAAACCCUGUCUCCGGCAAGGCCACCUUGGACAACGCGCUCCUCGACGCUCUAGCCCUCCACACCACCGACGGCUCCGCUCCGGGUCGACUCGCUCUCCUCCCCCAGUUCGCCUUCUCGUGUUCCACCUCUUCUCUUCUCAAAGGCCUCGCCAAGAAAGUCAACGGCCUGGUCGCCCUAGGAAGGUCAAACCACUCCCUCCCGGCGCAGGUUAGCACCGCCCUCUCUCUGCCUCACUAUUUUGCCCUGUGUCUCUCCGGUUCGGUCAAUGCUUCUGGUGCAGCUUUCUUAGGAUCCAAAGGGCCUUACAUUUUUAACAAAAUCGACGUCUCAAAGUCGCUUAUUUACACUCCGCUGGUUUUGAACCCCGUCACGCGCACCGUAGUGAAGUAUGGUCCUUCCGACGAGUAUUUCAUCGGCUUGACUGCCAUAAAAGUCAACGGGAAAACGGUGCCGUUAAACAACACGUUAUUAAGCAUUGAUCAGGAUUCCGGCUUCGGCGGGACCACGUUAACUACGGAUGCUCCGUACACCGUAAUGGAAACUUCUAUCUUCAAAGCUUUUGUUGAGUUGUUUGUGCGGGAAUCCUCUGCUUUGAACCUCACGAGAACGAAUGUGGUGAAGCCAUUCGGUGUGUGCUACCUUGCGAAAGAUAUCGUGAGUACUCGUGCGGGGCCUGCUGUUCCGACCGUUGAUCUCUUGAUGGAGAGGGAGGAUGUGAUUUGGAGGAUUCUUGGAACGAAUUCAAUGGUCAAGAUUUCGAAGAAAGGAGGAGUGGAGUUGUGGUGUUUGGGGUUUGUGGACGGUGGGGCCAAACCGAGGUCUUCGAUCAUGAUCGGAGGGCAUCAAAUGGAGGAUAAUCUCCUGCAAUUUGAUCUCGAGUCCAAGAGGUUAGGGUUUAGCUCAUCAGUUUUGCUCCAAGGAACAAAAUGUGCCGACUUCAAUUUCGCUUCAGCAAAAGUUAAUUUGUAAUUCUAUGUAAUAAUUUUAGGAUGGAACAUUGGACUCAUUUUCAAUGUUUUAUAAUGAGAAAAGAAAAUGACAUAAAAUAUGGACCAAAAAUUGUAAGAAUAGUUUGAAUUUAGAUUUUGUUUUUUUAAGUCAUUUAGCUAAUUUUCCGAGUAGGGGUGUUGAACCCGCCCAUUACUAGAGUCCUAUUGUCCAUUUAUUUGUCUUCGAGGUUCUAGUUUUAUUUGUUUUGGGCGUAAUCUUAAAAGGUGGGUGUGUAUGGUAUUAUAUUUUGUGUAACAGCUCUUUCAGGACUAUUGUACUUUGUGUAACAGC